UCUCUGUUGUACCCACCUGUGGUCACACAGCUUUUUUUCAGUUCCUCCCCCCUGUGAACAGCAGUUCAUCAACACGCACGACUCCACACCCUCAGAAGAGCAGGCUUCAGGUCAGUUCAUGAUGGCACAUUCAGCUGUAAGUGUCCAGCCAGCCAUGGUGGUGAGCACUACUAACACCCAGUGGAGCAGCGGAGUGUGUGACUGCUGUGAAGACAUGGGCAUCUGUUGCUGUGGUUGGUGGUGUCCAUACUGCCUCAUGUGUAAGACCAGUGAGGAAUUUGGAGAGUGUCUCUGUCUCCCCCUGCUGGAGAUAUUCUUUGGUUGCAUGUUGCAUCCUAUUACACUCACCAUGAGGAGCAGUAUGAGAGAGAGAUUCCACAUUAAGGGCUCGAUACAGGAUGACUGCUGUGCGGUGUUCUGCUGCACUGUGUGCGUCUGGUGUCAGAUGGCGAGAGAGCUGAAGGCUCGGCGACACUCUCUAGUGGUCAUUAACACUGCCGUUAACACGGUUCACCAUCAGCCGCAAGCUUUUAACCAGCCAACUCAAGCCAUCAAUACGUCCUACCAGCCUCUGAACCCCAUCAGUCCUGCCUACUGACGAGCUCAGUGCAUAUGCCUUCCUUUAACCUCAAGCUCCCCGAAGAGUAAAAUCUGCUGUUUUAUUGAAAUUACAUAGUGAAAUCUGUCCAUAUGCCUAACUGUUUAAUUAUGCCAAAUGUUUUUGUUUUGUUUUUUUAGCACUUUUUCUAUAGACAAAUGCCAAAUGUAGUUAUGAAUAUAUAUAUAUAUAUAUAUAUAUAUAUAUAUAGAAUAUAUAUAUAGAAAGCAAAGAUUGGGUGCACACCUAUUUAUAUAAAUAAAUGGUAUAUUUCC